AUGGAUUUAUAUGAAAUCCUUAAUUUAAAACCCAACGCGACCAAAACUGAGAUUAGCUCAAGCUAUAGGAAACUUGCGAUAAAGUACCAUCCGGACAAGAAUCACGGCUAUGAAGCAGAAGAGUGGGGAAAAAUCUCAAAAGCAUACCAAAUCCUCGCUGAUGAUAGUAGCCGUUUUAUUUAUGAUUACUAUGGAACAAUAGAUAAUUGUAAAAUCUGA